AUGCCCCGUGGGUUCCGAACGGCCCCCCUGGGGAGGGGGGAGAUCGGGGGGACCCCCUACAGCCUGUGGGUGCUGCGGGAGGGCUACAGCCACCCCCACCCCGACGGCACCCUCCGGGCCGAUGCCACCGUCACCUUGGUGGCCGGGGGGGGGCCCGUCACCGCCCUGGUGGACACGGGGGGGCCCUGGGGGGGGCGAGAGCUCCUGGAGAAGCUGGCGGCCCGGGGGGUGUCCCCCGAGGACGUCACCCACCUGGUGUGCACCCACGGCCACUCCGACCACGUGGGCAACCUCAACCUCUUCCCGCUGGCCACCCUGGUGCUGGGCUACGACGUGUGUCACGGGGCCGGCUGCUACGUCCCCAACGGGUUGGCCAAGGGGCAACCUUACGUCCUUGACCCGGGUCACCUGGAGGUGGUGGCCACCCCGGGUCACACCAGGAGCCACGUCAGCCUGGUGGUGCGGGCCACCUCCCUGGGGACGGUGGUGGUGGCCGGGGACUUGUUUGAGAGGGAGGGGGACGAGGGGGAGUGGGAGGAACUGAGCGAGGACCCCCAAGAGCAGGAGAAGAGCCGGAGGCGAGUGGUGGCCAUGGCCGAUGUCAUCGUGCCAGGGCACGGGCCACCCUUCCGGGUCAUCAAGGAGUGGGGGGAGGAGGAGGAGGAGGAGGAGGAAGAAGAAGGGGCCACCACCGGAGGUGGCCAUGAGGAACGUGGGGACAAGGCCAGGGGUGAUGGAAGCCCUGGAGAUGCCACCAAAGCAUGAAAGAUCCCUUGGGGACAUCAGGAGACUCCUUGGGGACAUCAAGAGGGACCUGGGGACACCUCCAAUGGAGAUGGAACCCCUGGAGAUGCCACUGAGGAGAAGGAGGAUGGCACUGGAGAUGUACCCAAGUCAUGAGAGACUCCAUGGGGACAUUAGAAGGGACUUGGGGACAUCAGGAGACCCCCUUGGGGACAUCAGGAAGGAUUUGGGGACAUCAGGAGGGACCUGGGGACACCUCCAAUGGAGAUGGAACCCCUGGAGAUGUCCCCAAGGAGGAGGAGGAUGGCACUGGAGAUGACCCCAAGUCAUGAGAGACCCCAUGAGGACAUCAAGAGACUCCUUGGGGACAUCAGAAGGGACUUGGAGACAUGAAGAGACUCCUUGGGGACAUCAAGAGGGACCUGGGGACACCCCCAAUGGAGAUGGAACCCCAGGAGAUGCCACCAAACCACAGGAGACCCCUUGGAGACCCCCCUGAUGGAGAUGGAACCCCUGGAGAUGGACCUGGGGACACCCCCAAUGGAGAUGGAACCCCAGGAGAUGCCACCAAAGCACGAGAGACCCCUUGGAGACACCUCCACUGGAGAUGGAACCCCUGGAGAUGCCACCAAGGAGGAGGAGGAUGGGGCUGGAGAUGUCCCCAAGCCACGAGAGACUCCUUGGGGACAUCAGGAAGGACUUGGGG